GUCGACUGUCGUGACAUUUCACAGGUUGAAAGUUCUUAGUUCACACAUUCGAAUUUCGAAAAUAUGUUGUUCAUUUUUUUUAUUAUUCGUAUUUUGUAGAAAGAAUAAGAGUCUGUAACAUAUGUUUAAUUUCAGUUAAUUAAUUAAUUGUAAAACAAAAUGGCCAAAUUAAUUAAGAGUUUACUGUUAGCUGUGCUCAGUUGUGCAUUCGUAAACACAGAUACACCAGUUUUGAAAUUCUACCAGGAAAAGGCCUUCCACGAAGCACAAGAACUAACGGACAACAACAUCAAAGAUAUAGCAAAACUGUCCGAUAGAAAUCACUUUAAAAAAGUACUAGACGAAAUCUUAAUACCAAGAGUGGUAGGAACGCCGAAUCAUGACAAAGUAGGCGACUAUAUAGCCAAUGAAAUGAGAGGACUGGGAUGGGACGUAACUGAAGACGUGUUCCCGGACCAUACGCCGGUGUUUGGCACGCUGAACUUCAGGAACAUUAUCGCGACGUUGAACCCCAACGCUGACCGGUAUUUGGUGCUGGCCUGCCAUUACGACAGUAAAUAUACGAGGGAACAUGUCUUUGUUGGGGCCACAGACUCAGCGGUUCCCUGCGCUAUGAUGAUCAACCUGGCAGCCGUGAUGGCGAAACAGUUGGACCCCUUGAAGAACUCUUCCCCGAGCCUCAUGUUCAUAUUCUUUGAUGGAGAGGAAGCGUUCAGGCAUUGGGGUCCUAAGGACUCCAUAUACGGAGCGAGGCACUUGGCCAAGAUGUGGCACGGGACCCCGUACAGGGAUGGGGCGAAUCAUCUGCAGAGGCUGGAUGUAUUAGUUCUUCUAGAUCUUCUGGGCACGCCAGACCCGGUUUUCUACAGCUACUUCAAAUCCACUGAGAAAUGGUACAUUCGCCUGGCGAGCGCGGAGCAACGGCUCGCAGAACUGGGACAGCUCUCUGCAUAUUCUCCGGGCAAAGCCGAGCAGACGUACUUCAGGUUGGAAAGCUCCAAUGCUGCUAUUGAAGAUGACCAUUUACCCUUCAUGAGGAGAGAUGUUGACAUCCUCCACAUAAUUCCGAACCCGUUCCCAAGCGUGUGGCACACCGCGCGCGACGAUAUGAGCGCGUUGGACUUCAACACCAUCGACAACCUCAACAAGAUCUUCCGCGUGUUCGUGGCCGAGUACCUGCACGUCUCCCCCUAGCGCCGGUGGCGGUUCCACACUCUACUUGUCAUAUAACCACAGAUCACGACAGCUGCUAUGAAACAUAACAAAACGUCGAGGCUGACUUCGGCUGUGGUGGCGUUUGCUGGCGGUUUUUGUGUUUCACUGGUGUUUUUUGGUGGUAAAACUGACUGGGAAACGCUCCUGGGCGCCGCGCGUAUGUCGGCGAGCGCCGGCACAGACGAAGUCCAUACUUAUAUAGUUUCCCUAACUAGUAAAUAACUACAACCUUGACAUUGGCUAAUCUUUGUAAAGCCAGGAGAGAA